ACGGCGGCGGGGCGGGGGGCUGCGGGCAGCUACCGGUGGCGGAGCGGCCGCCAUUUUGGGCGCGGCCGCCAUUAACGCCAUGCCCGGGCGGCCCGAGGACUAUGAGGUGCUGCUCACCAUCGGCGCCGGCUCCUACGGCAAGUGCCGCAAGGUGCGGCGCAAGGCCGACGGCAAGAUCCUGGUGUGGAAGGAGCUGGACUACGGCUCCAUGACGGAGGCGGAGAAGCAGAUGCUCGUUUCCGAGGUGAACCUGCUCCGCGAGCUGAGGCACCCCAACAUCGUCCGCUACCACGACCGCAUCAUCGACAGGAGCAGCACGACGCUGUACAUCGUCAUGGAGUACUGCGACGGCGGGGACCUGGCCAGCCUUAUCGCCCGCUGCACGAAGGAAAGGCAUUACUUGGAAGAAAGCUUUGUUCUCCGAGUGUUGACUCAAUUGACGUUGGCCUUGAAGGAAUGUCAUAGACGGAGUGAUGGUGCAGUCACUGUGCAUCGUGACCUAAAACCAGCAAAUGUCUUCCUAGAUAGCAAGCAGAAUGUUAAACUCGGAGAUUUUGGACUGGCUAGAAUAUUGCACCAUGACACCAGCUUUGCCAAAACAUUUGUUGGAACUCCGUAUUAUAUGUCUCCGGAACAAAUGAACCACAUGUCAUACAAUGAAAAAUCUGACAUCUGGUCUCUAGGAUGUCUCCUGUAUGAGUUAUGUGCUCUCUCGCCUCCAUUUAGAGCUUACAACCAAAAGGAGUUGGCAGAAAAGAUAAGGGAAGGAAAAUUUAGACGAAUACCAUAUCGUUACUCAGAGCAGUUGAAUGAACUUCUCAAAGAGAUGCUGAAUUUAAAGGAUUAUUGCCGACCUUCUGUUGAAGAUAUUCUGCAGCACCCCUUGAUAGCAGACUUGGUGACAGAAGAGCUGAAAAAAAACUCUGAUAAAAGAGGCCGGAGAUCCGGGGAGCCAGAGAGGCUGCAGCAUCUGGAUGCUCCAGUGAAUGAGCUGAAACUGAAGGAGCGACAAUUAAAAGAAAGAGAGCAAGCCAUUAAAGACAGAGAGCAACGUUUGGAGCAGAGAGAACGAGAACUCUGUGUUCGAGAGAGACUGGCAGAGGACAAACUUGCUAGAGCUGAGAACUUGAUGAGGAACUACAAUCUCUACAAGCAGCAGAGGACAUUAGCUUCUGUAGAUGGUCCAGACAAUGAGCUUCUGUUCCCCCUUUCUACAACCAAGAAGAAAGUCCACUUUGGUGGAAGCGAAGAGAAUGCUAUGCCUCCUGCUAACAUGGAAAACUACCCCCUUCCCAAAGGGAAAUGCUCUGAUCUCAAAAGACGCCUGUAUGCUGCAAAUCUGCGUGCUCAAGCACUGUGUGAACUGGAAAAAAACUAUCAACUGAAGAGCAGGCAAAUCUUGGGCAUGCGCUGAAACUGUAACAUAGGUAUAUGGUAUUUAUCUUUUUGGAGUUGAUUAAAUGUAUAGGAAGAUAUUUAUGCCUUCUUUUAAGCUGGAACCUACUGAAAAUAGAGUUUAACGGUCCUUAUACGAAUUCUUUUAGUCUACUACAGGUAGUUCAUAAUAAGGAUAUAAGAGAUUAUGUUACAAAAAUAAGUAGUUUUGAUACCCAGCUGAAUUGUAUUACUUAAAAAAAAAAAAAAACACCUUUUGUUUUUCUUUGUUUACCACACAUCUCCGAAAAAAAGUAAAUAAUGAAUAUAAUAAAACAGAUUUUUCCAGAUCUGGUGUAAAAAACAUUCAGCUGAAAAAAGUACAGAGAUUCACGGUCUCUAGGUUAAAAUGAUGCUGUACAUAAUGUACAAUACUUGAUAAAAGUAUUGAUAUUUUGUAUAUGUGGAAAAGUAGUGGCUUUUUAUUUGCUUGUAAAUAUUUUUUUUAACUCUCAAAAGAGCAAAAAUAUUUUUGUAUUUCUUCUUACUAACUAGGUGACCUAUCAAAGCAGGCUACUUUUAGUUUAAUGUCUUUGACUAAUGAUUGUCAGCUUAGCAUAAGUGAUGAGUUUAUCGUCCUUGCUGCCUGGACAGCUGCAGGGCUUUUUGUCAGCUCCUAAAAGACUCGCUUCGGGGUAUAGUAUCACCAGUUUGUCUUGAAACUGAGACGUAGACUGAUCCCCUGGCUCUGCUCUCCUGGACAGGACAUCAUCCAGGGUAUUAGCACGUGUGUUUCGGGGAGGGGCAAUUCUACUUGGAAUAGCAAGUCUGUAUUUUCUAGAAGCUUCUCUCUUAGCUCUCACUGUUCUUUUCUAGAGUGGGUGUUGCAUAGGGUGCUGUAAGUUUCAUGAAUGAAUUCUGCCUCAAGAUUUAAAGUAAAUCCUUUGGAACUGCAAUGUCUGUCAUAUAUUGCAUACAAAGAUUUAUUAUCUCUAGGUAGAAGUGAUAUAAAACAUUCACAGAAAACAGCUGAUCUUUAAAACACUUGUUUACUUCUUGGGCCAUGAAUCUUAUAU